GCAACUGCUAAACAAAAAAUGAUUUUUGUUUCCCUAUAUAACCCCAGUGGUUAGUUAAUGUGAAUGGAGAGUAAACUCUCACGCUUACGGAGAGUAAACUCUCACGCAUUUCGGGUCUCAAAUAAUUCAGUCUCUCAAAGCAAUAGAAAUUACAGUUUACAGAGAAUAACUGCACAAAGAAAUUUACCUGCUUUUGUUGCAACCUUUCUUGUCGCUGGUUGAAAUACGACGAAUUCGAAGAAAACCCAAAAACAUCGUUUUAGUUUGCCCUAAAAUCCGUACGGAAAAGGGAUUUAGGGUUUGAUCAAUGUUUCUUCUAGAAGUCUCUGUUCUGCGAGAGUUUACAGUAAGCAGAUGUUUACUGGUGGUGGCCGCCAUUGUUGCAGAGUCCAGAGGCUCAAAAGAGUGACUUGAGUGCGCCGUUUGAAGUAGAGACUAGUGACAACUGCAAGCAGUAAGACUUUCCUGGAUUUGUUGAGCAGAGUUAUAUGCAGGGGACUUGCCAAGUAAGCUGCUGUAAAAACUUUGGAGUGAUUUGAAAUUUUCACGUAAAAUUUUGAGAAGCGCGAAGUUAGGGUGCACAAUUACUGGGUCCCUUCCCAAAUGACAAAGUUGUAAGGCCUACGGGGGAGAUAGGGAUCUGGGAAAACGUAUCAAAAGGCAGAAGGGGGAAGAAGAAUAUAGACAACUGAAGUCCGUCUGGCAUAUUUUUAGUGGAAAGGAGAAAAGAAAUAACCGACCUAAUCUGAUUGUGUCAUGUGACAAGUUUUUAAUGGGAUAAGACGAAAGGAAAAAGAUAGAAAUUUUCAGAAGAGAAGAGACUCCAGUCAUUAGUUUGUGUAAGAAUUUUUUUCAUCAGAAUUUUUUGAUCACACCUCUUGAUCUAUCAGCUAAAGAGAGCAAAAAUGACAACAGUGAAGAAAGUUGUACAUACGGUGUUGCUGCCAUUGCAACUUAGCCUUGGAAUUUUCCUGAUCAUGAAGACGACACCUCUUUGGGCGGUCAUUCAUUGCACCCUUGCCUACUUGCUCGACUGCCUCUAUUUCCCUUACACAGAUUACAAACAGCUCCAUGGAUUUAAAGGUCGAGUCUUCAAAAAAGUGGUCUCUCAUGCCACUACUGCAGGGGAUGUGUCCAAAGCAAAAAAGCAGAAGGUUCCUAACAAACCUAAAAAUCUUGGGGAGUUGAUCGCAAAUUCUGAGAUGGGUAGGUCAGUCUCAGUGGUCUACCUGGGUCAGAGGUUUGAACUGCAGCGAAUGGAAGGAGACAAGAUGCAAGUGAAGAUUGGAUUUGAGCGAAAGGAUGGAGAGAAGAUUUCAAUGAAGGUCGGGCCUGCAUAUUACAUCACAGAUAAAAUGUGGGAAACUGUGCAGUACAUUGGAAAUUUGCCUCCAGAGACCGUGUUUGUGAAAAACCAUAAAGAGAUAUGGGAAGAAGUGAUCGCGGGAGAUAUUAUGGAGUUUGAAGGAGUGCUUGAUUCAGUAAUAUUGGAUAACCGUGCGGUUGUUCGUCUGGACCAUGAUUACUUUCUGCCUAUCAACUUAUUAUUGGCGGAAGAUAAGUUGCAGAGGACUUUAAAUUUUGUGGGUUUGUUCCUAAACACUCAAAAGCAAAUCCAUUGGCUCAUUCCUGCAUGUCUAAGCUUUACAGCGGUAGUGAUGGGGUUCAGCACAACACUGAGGCUGUCUAUCAUUGACUGCAUCAGUAAAAUCUUUUGUAGAGGAGUACAGUUUCUGUGUGACCUGCUCCCAUUGGCAAUGAGGAGGUCGGCAUAUUCUUGGGGAAGCUGGGUGGACCGUUUGAAGCCAAGUAAUGACUUCCGAUCAAAGAUUGUUAAGGGCGAUGCAGACGUGUUCCUUGCUGGAGGUGCAAAAUUUGACUCUAAAUCUCAGAUUCAGCGUAUAAUAAUCGCUGACUGCUUGCCAUUGGUUGAUGAGAUUUGCUCUGCAGGUGGCCCAUUUUUGUUCAGAUCUGACCCAAACUGUGACUCAAACCAUGAUUCAAACUGUGACUCAUUUUAUAUUGAGUGGAUCUUUGACAAUACUAAAUGUUCGUUAAAAGCGGGCCGUGUUGCAUCGAACGAGACAAGGUCGUCGUUAACAGAGGUUGAAACUUUUAUUGAAUGUGGUGAUGGACAUUGUAGCACGAAGAAAGCUAUAAAAUUCCUCAAAUCUGGUUGUUGCAUGGCAAACAAAUCAUCAAUGGCAGAUGGUAGUCACACUGCAUCAGUGGAUAUCGAUUGUUGCAAGGCAAAGGAAUCGUUAAUGGCAGAUGAUAUUCAUACUGCAUCACUGGAUAUAGAUUGUAGCUCUGAGGAGGCCAUAAAACUAUUUAUAUUUGUUUCUUACAUGGCAGAGCUACAGUCAGGCUCAUUGAAAUCUUAUGACAGCAAUUCUAAGACUGUGUAUGUCCGCCGUUUCAUAGAGUCGAUCAACGCAUAUGUCAGAAGCGGCUAUCCACCACUCCAAAAAUUAGAGUUGAAGGGUGUAGUUGUCCGCUGAUAUUACUCUACUCCGUCAGGAGAUGCCCAAAUUUCUCUUGUAAUAUAGCUAAAUGAAUGUGUAUUAGAUUGUUAGAGAUAAGAAAUGUUAUGUAACAGGUGUCCCACCACUUUGGAGGAUGUAGUUGUUCGCUGAUAUAACUUUAGUAGAGGAUAUCUUAUUCAAAUUCUCCUGUAAGCAAUUAUAGUUCUCUAAUUGCUAAUGAAAAUAGUGUUUUUUCUGCAUUGAACAGUUU